AUGGGCAAGGCGUUCCGGGGGCCGCUCGUUCCGGUGCAGCAGCAGCAGGUGCUCGCCGAGCUGGAGGGCGACGCCAAGCUCGUGUACCACUGCGGGCUCACGCCCAAGCGGCUGCCCGACCUCGUCGAGAACAACCCCGUCAUCGCCAUCGAGGUGCUGCUCAAGCUCAUGUCCUCGUCGCAGCUCACAGACUACUUCUCGGUCGUGAACCGGCUGACCACCGCCGUCGACCUGCCCACCGAGUUCGUACACCUCUACAUCUCCAACUGCAUCUCGUCCUGCGAGUCCAUCAAGGACCGGUACAUGCAGAACCGGCUGGUACGGCUGGUCUGCGUCUUCUUGCAGUCUCUCAUCAGGAACAAGAUCAUCAACGUUCAGGACCUCUUCAUCGAGGUGCAGGCGUUCUGCAUCGAGUUCUCGCACAUACGCGAAGCCGCCGGCCUCUUCCGCCUCCUCAAGACGCUCGAGUGA